AUGUGGCUUCUUCAAGGCCGAUACGCCGAAGAGAGCCGUCAGGAGCUAAGCAAACUUCUCAAGUAUGGCCAGACCUAUACCCUUGGCCGCAAGAUUCCGGCCGACAUUGUCGUCGACAGCAAAUUCGUAUCGCGCACAUCCUGCCACAUCACUGUGAGCUCAGAGGACUCUAUCGCUACGCAGGUUGCUAACAUCUCCGACCCAUUGGCCGUUCACAACGACGUCACUCUACGUCCUCGUGUCACAAUCCGCUUCGAAGCCAACAAGAGCCGAAAGGCAUUUGGCGUACUUCAACAACCCAGCUCGUCUCGUGCAUCCUCGACCCUGGAACCUACAGAAGUCCAGGUCUACGCCGGUCAGGAGCAUGAGCUCUAUGAUGGCGAUUCUUUUGCACUCACCACCACCAUUUCCCUGCGAUUGGUAUGGAUGCCCAUCGCUGUGUGUUUCGCAGCUAAGGUCAAGGAGACCGUCAUCUCACCGUUACGCAAGCCGGCGCUUCAGCUUGGCAUCCAUCUCUCACCUGCCAAAUCACGCUGGCGAGAUGGAUACACUCAUCUCUGCUUAGCCCAAGUCAAACCCACCGAGUCCGUACUGUGUGCACUUCUUCAAGCACGUCCCAUUGUCACCAUCAACUACUUUGAAGAGCUCUUCCGUCGAGCACAGCUGCCUCGUCAUGAUCCUGCUUCCUUAGAAACAUCGUUUGACAAGCUCGACUUCACCACCCAUCAGCCUCCUUUUGACCAGCAAGAACUCAGCGAUGUGCCUGAUCUGCCACAAAAGCUGCUACCGCAAGAACGCCGCACCUACAUGCUAAAAGGCACCACCUGCGUCCUUUUUGCUUUGCCGGAUGAAGAGACAGAAGUACGCAUCUACAGAAGCAUCCUCUCCACAGCAGGUGCUCACGUCUUUACGCACGAUCCCCAGGCAGAGAAUCUGCGCACCAAAGCCGACUUUGCACAGCUUCUUAUGCCAUACAAGAACAGCGCAAUGUCGUACUGGCGCAACAGCGGAAGCAAGGCAAGAAGCGAAGCACCGGAUGAAGGGUUGGUGGUACUGGUCGGCGCGGCGCACGACCAUACACCUUGGAAAGAUGCGUGCACGGUCGCAUGCACGAACCUUCGCAUCGCCAUGCCGACCGGCUUCCAUGCUAUUACGAAUGCUGUCUUUUCGGCCGAUGUUCGGACUUAUCUCAAUGUCAUUCCCAACAUGCAGGAUGGACAAGAGGAGCAGGAGAGAGGCGCUCACACACAUGUUGAAAUGACAGCGCGAACUGCCACCCAAGAUGGAACCAGUGCUAACGUGACAGUGGUUGGGCCUGCCAUCGGCGACCGAUCUUCACCACCAGACGCAGCAUUGCAAAUCGAGGCCACCAAUGCCAGCCCUCCAGAACGAGCAGUGGUACAGCCAUCUGCAAUUGUACCAGAACCCUCAGAGGCGUCAGGCGAGCCAUCAAGGAGGCCUCUCACACGUCGAACGCGGAAGCCUGUUCACGUUACAGAACAAGUCGAUGCAGGGCUCGUGCAAGAACAGCGGCAGGACGACUACCAGCAUCAGGAGGGCACAAACUUUUCUCAAGCCCGUGACCUCACUGACCCUACGUCGUCCUCGCAGCUCACGCGUGUUGAGCGCAGUGGAUUGACACGGCGCACCGGCGCGAGUCGUGCCAAUGCUCGUCGCUCCGACGUCUUCGAUGCGUUGCUUCAGCCUGAUGGAAACGCUGCUGCUAGAGUGAACAACGGAUCUGGUGCCUCAAAUGGUAGCUCUGAUCCUACCGAUCGAGUCGAUGGGGUCAUCCGUUUGAUCGUUCCCCGGAGCCGACGAUACAGAAUGGAUCUGGAUGAACAAGAUCGCGCUCAGAGUCAAUUCGCUGUGGAGACGCAAGCGUCAGAAGCAUCUCCAAAUGCUAAUCUUGGCCAUGACAGCGAAAGCACCGGCGACAAGAGGAAGUCUGCACCACACGGACAAGCCGCCGACGUCGAUCCGCCCGGCGAAGAUGGAAGGCCAGCAUCGAAGCGACCCCGCAUAGCCCGUGUCGAUGUAAACGUAGACCUGGGCGCCGACACAAACCAGCAGGUAUCCUCAGAACCAGCACGCAUCGUUCGCCCCGACAGUCUGAGCGCCGUUGGUAGCGCCGUUGGUAGCGCCGUCGGUCUCGCCAACGGCGCACAACCCGAUUCGGAACCUCAAUUCCUGCAAGCACUCAACACGCAGCGUGCCAAAGACUUGAGCUUGGACGAUUUCGACGUCGAAUUCAAUCUUUUGCAAAUUGCAAAGCCGGGCACACAGUCGGGCGCGCUCGACAAAUUCAACGGUUCUCGGUCCCGCGGUGGUGGUCAGAAGCAGCAGCAGCAGCAGCAGCAGAAUUCGAACGCCAGUGCGGUGGAUGAAGACUACGAAGCAUUCAAGAAGAUGGCGGAAGAGGAGCUUCGUAUACACGUUCGAGGCAAUUUCGUUCAGGUUGACUUUGUGCCAUUGGUCAGGCAGAGGGUGGUCGACAAGCAAGCUUUGAAAGGGCCAAGUGCGGAUGUUCCUAACUUUAAAAAAUUCCGCCCGAAAGCUUUGAAGGGCUCGCCCAGGGCUGUAACUACGCCGAUUGCGCAUCGAUCCCAGGUGGCGCUCGUUCUGCCAGACAGCAACGACUAUGGUCUGGGUGAGUCGUAUUACCAGGACCAGCACGGUCCUUCCGGUGCAGCUGUCGGCAGUCUAGCCGAUGCACGGGGAGAAAGGCUGUCCAAGCAUCCAGGCAGACAAGCAGCAUCUCGGUCAGAUGACGAGAGCGAGACCAUUCGAUCGUCGCGCGCGAACAAUCGAUCUCGUGCCCGUGUGGCAUUGGACCCGGCUUCUGUGGAAGAAACCGCUGUCGAUCUGGGAUUGGAUGGUCUCGAUUCGAUGGGUUCUGAAGAUGAAGCGGACAUGACCAAGGUGUUGGAACGACGCCAUGGGGGGAGGUCGCAAGGCACGACUAUCGCUAGGGGGACAAAGAGAGCGGCGACGGCAUUGGUGCAGGACAGUGACGAUGAGAUGCAAAGUGCAAGCGCGUCGGCCAGACAGAAGAAGCGGGCCACAGCACGAGGAUCGACAAUUCUCAUUGACGACGUCGAAAGUGAUGAUGUGGAUGAGGAUGAGGAUGGAGACGAGGAUGAUGGUAAUUUUGCGGGGUUUGGAUAUAGCACUUCGACGAGGAGGAGACGUGAUUUGGCUGCUUCUGGCAGUGUUCGAACAAGACGGUCCGUGUUCUGA